ACGCACACACUCGUCCUGUCCGCGCAUCCGCAGCGCCGCCGCUCUUCUCCAGUGUCUCUCGCCGCGGCGGACGCGCCGCUCCCGGAUAAUGAGCGCGUUAUAGCCCGGUAAACCGCCGCCGCAGCACUGUAGCUCUAAGGCCGGAGAGAUGCCGGCGUGAAGGGCAACGGAGAUAUCCCGUAUCUUCCGCGUUAUCUUCCGUGAGGCCGGUCCGCUGCUGUGCUGCACCGAGCGCCGGUGCUGGAGCGCGAGGCCUGUAAACACAAGAUGUCGACCAGAACGCCAUUGCCCACCGUCAACGAGCGCGACGCAGAGAACCACACGUCUGUGGACGGCUACACAGACACACCAGCAGCGCCAACGAAGUCGUCGAGUCGUCAGAGUUUGCCGCGCUCCAGGAACUCUGUGGCCUCCAUCACUGACGAACAGCCUCAUGUCGGCAACUACAGACUGCUCAAAACCAUCGGCAAAGGAAACUUCGCCAAAGUCAAACUCGCCCGCCAUGUGUUGACAGGACGAGAGGUAGCAGUGAAGAUCAUUGAUAAAACACAGCUGAACCCUACUAGUCUACAAAAGCUCUUUCGUGAAGUAAGGAUAAUGAAGGUCUUAAAUCAUCCUAAUAUAGUGAAGUUAUUUGAAGUAAUUGAGACUGAGAAGACGCUGUAUUUAAUAAUGGAGUACGCCAGCGGAGGCGAAGUCUUUGACUACUUAGUGGCUCAUGGGAGAAUGAAGGAGAAGGAGGCCAGAGCCAAGUUUCGGCAGAUUGUAUCUGCAGUGCAGUAUUGCCAUCAGAAGAGAAUAGUCCACAGGGAUUUGAAGGCGGAGAAUCUGCUGCUGGAUGCGGACAUGAAUAUAAAGAUUGCAGACUUCGGCUUCAGCAAUGAGUUCACCCUAGGCAGUAAGCUGGACACGUUCUGCGGGAGUCCACCGUACGCUGCGCCCGAGCUCUUCCAGGGCAAGAAGUACGAUGGGCCGGAAGUGGACGUCUGGAGUCUGGGGGUCAUCCUGUACACGCUGGUCAGCGGCUCACUGCCAUUCGACGGACAGAACCUGAAGGAGCUGCGAGAGCGAGUGCUGCGAGGGAAAUAUCGUAUACCCUUCUACAUGUCAACAGACUGUGAAAACCUGCUGAAGAAGCUGCUGGUGCUCAAUCCUGGCAAACGCGGCAGUCUGGAGCAAAUCAUGAAGGACCACUGGAUAAAUGUGGGUCAUGAUGAAGAGGAACUGAAGCCAUACACGGAGCCGGAGCCAGACUUCAGCGACACCAAACGCAUCGAACUGAUGAUCACUAUGGGUUUCCCAAAGGAUGAGAUCACAGAGGCGUUAGUGGGGCAGAAAUAUGACGAGGUGAUGGCCACGUAUCUUCUGCUGGGCAGGAAACCUCCAGAGUUUGAAGGGAGCGAUUCUCUGUCCACCACAAACCUGUGUCAAAGGUCGCGACCCAGCAGUGACCUGAACAACAGCUCCUCACAGUCGCCCGCGCACUCCAAAGUCCAGCGCAGCAUCUCAGCCACACAGAAACAGAGGAGAUUCAGUGACCACGUGGCUCCGUCCAUUCCCCCGGCCGUGUCUUACACCAAACGCUCUCAGGCCAACAGCGUGGAGGGGGAGAAGAAGGAGGAGUGGGACGCCUCCCGAAAGCUGCCCACCUCCAGCUCUAAAGGGGACAUGGCGGCGUCUCCUCUGGCGGCGCAGGAGCGCAGGAAAAACUCCACGGCUUCAGGGAACAGUGCUGCUGGCGGGAUGACUAGGAGAAACACAUACGUGUGUGAGAGAUCCAGCACUGACCGCUACUCCGCCAUACCCAACGGCAAAGACAGCAGUUUGACAGAGAUGUCUGCAUCUGCGAGUGCCUCUUCUUCGGUGUCUCCUGGAGCUUCUGCGCUGUCCUCCACUCGCCCGCGACACGUCAAGUCCAUGUCUGCUUCAGGACAUCCCAAUAAAUCCCCGCUGCCACCCAUAGAGGACAACACAGAGUUCAAAGGCUCGGGCUCCAGAGCUCCCUCAACGUCUCCAUCGGCUCACAGCAUCAGCAGCAUGACUCCGGAUCGCACCCGUUUCCCGCGUGGAACAUCCAGCCGCAGCACCUUCCAUGGGGCGCAACUGAGGGACCGGCGCAGUGCCACCUACAACGGGCCGCCUGCCUCACCCACACUGUCCCAUGACACCGGGGCGCUCGCGCAGGCCCGCAGGGGCACCUCGUCCGGCUUCAUCAGCAAACUCACAUCCAAGUUUGUGCGCAGGUUGCCCAGUGAAGGAGAGGCCCGUGGGCGGGCGUACAGUUUGAGGAGUGGUUCUGGAGAGCCUAAGGAGGACGGCCGUGACUCGAAGCCCAGAUCUCUACGCUUCACCUGGAGCAUGAAGACCACCUCGUCCCUGGAGCCCGGAGACAUGAUGCGGGAGAUCCGCAAGGUGCUGGACGCCAACAACUGCGACUACGAGCAGCGCGAGCGCUUCCUGCUGUUCUGCGUGCACGGGGACGCACGGCACGACAGCUUGGUGCAGUGGGAGAUGGAGGUCUGCAAACUGCCCCGGCUGUCGCUCAACGGCGUGCGCUUCAAACGCAUCUCCGGGACCUCCAUCGCCUUCAAGAACAUCGCCUCCAAAAUCGCCAACGAGCUCAAGCUGUAAGCAAAGGGCUCAGAAAUGAAGACUUAUAAUAAAUAUAGGGAAACACUACAAAAAAGGAAGUGAAAAAUGAGCAGAAAACAUCAUGUUAAAGGCUGGUGCUCCAUCAAGCCAAACACAAGAGGUAAAGUCCCAGAGAAAUCAGCACACUGUCACUAUUGAGAGAUGAUCUUCAACAUGUGGCAUCGUUUUUCUCCACGGUUUUAUCUUAUUUAAUAUGUUUUUAUAUGUAGAUUUUUGACACUUUCAGCAUUAAACAUUAAUCUUAGGUUGACUUCUUACCCUCGUAAGACUGUAUUCUGCCAUUUUUAAUGGAAAAUAGUAGACCUUAUGCAGCGGACAAAAUAAAAGUCCCCACACAACGCAUCUUGUGUGCAAUAGCCAUACAUUACAUUACAAGUGUUCACCGCUGGAAUUUGGUACUUGAUUUGCAGAUUAUGUAAGCAUUUCAUUGAAAAAUGACAGGCAUUGGUUAACGAGGGCAAGUAAAUAACGACAGGUUAAGUGUGUUAGCCAUAGCCCCAAUACCUCAGACUGACCUAAUCUGAGAAUUAGAACAGGAAGUGCAUUUGUAGAUUUCAAUUAAUGAUUAAAAGGUCAAACCAUUGUUCAUUUUCCUAACGACAUGCACAGAUGAAUUGUUCAUCACUAAACUAGCAAUACGGUUAGUUUAGAUUUGAUGGGGGCUUUAAGUUAUGCAAGGUUUAACUCAGUAUUUUUAGUUUAGUUUGAUUAAAGUGAGAUGAAAUGACUGGAAAUGUCAAAUUUAAGGCAGCAAGGUUUUUUACAGUGUAUCUGUAAGCAGUGUUGGGGAAAGUUACUUCUGAAAGUAAUGCAUUACAAUAUUGAGUUACUUCCCAGAAAAUUAACUAGUUGCGUUAUUUUUACGUUACAUUUGCGUUACUUUUUCUGAUCUGGCUGAGGCUCGACCUCUUUCAGAACCUGUUUUUUUGUUCCUUUCUUUUUUUAAUAGAGGAGCUCUGCAAUAAUUAACAACACAACCUUCAUUUCACUUUAACAAACACAUCAAAAAUCAUAUAUUAGGAUAAUGUUAUCUGAAAACUUCCCGACCCCAGAGCUAUAUGUCGUAUACAGGGCUUGACGUUAACCUUUUUGAUCACCAGCCACUGUGGCUAGUAGUUUUCCAACAUUACUCGCCAUUUUUACUAGCCAGAAUUUUGUUGUUGGGCAAGUAUAUUUUAUAUGCAUAAAUUUGACUCUGGCAUGCUAAGAAUUACAACUUUUUAAUUUUGUGCUGUCCACAUGCCUCCUUGUUAAUUUGACUUAGUUUUUUGACCUUUUUAGGACUCAACACUAAGGAUUAGUAACACAUGUGCUAUAGGAGAAUUGAUAAACUAAAUUGGCUGUAGUGUACGAGUGUGUGUAUGAAUUAGGGUUGGGUUGAUAGACGAUGCCAUCGUCCAUCGCCGAUGGCUGAUAGACAUUAUGAUGCUGAGCCGGCAUCGCAAUCCUUCGCCCAGCCCCUGUUGCAGCAGCAACCUGCUCAUGAAAAUUACACACGGCCCCGUUUACACUAAUACAUCUCAGUUUAACAUGACAUUUUAGAAUGAAAAUGAUCCACACUGACGUUUCAUCUAGCAUUUCUGAAAAGCCCUCCUUCCACACUAUACUGCUGAAAACACACAUCACGUGAACACACACACACAGAUAAACACACAAGCAAGUGCUGCAGCAUAUGCGCACGUCUGAGCUCCAGGCAGUCAGGCGGUGCUUUGAGCACAAAACCCCAGAGAGCAGUGCACAUCAGACAAUUUAUCAUGGAUGUACUACUAGAUUGCGUCUCACUAUAGUUGUUAAACCUGAUAUUUAAUUAAUCUUGUCUCUAUCUAACGACUCUUCGGUCUUUUGAAUCUAUCAGGUAACGUUUUACAGUGUCAGUACAAUGCUUCAGUCUUUCGCUUCCACGUUUGUACCUUAUAAUUUUAGUGAAAACCUCAGAUGCUGUUGGUUGGUUCCUGUUGGUUGUGGACCUUAUCACCAACCAAGUUUGUCGACGCCAUUAUAACGAGUCCUGUGGAAAAAGUGAUUGACAGGUGGUAAUUUGUGUGCAACUUAUCUUUAUUUAUUUAUUAUUUGCUUAUGGGUAAACAAGGACCAUGCGGGUCAGGUAUUUGAAACAGUAGGCUGCAAAUAAUUUAUUUACAACGAUGUCAUCAUAAAUCGCGAUGUUAGACAUCGUUCGAUGCCACAUUGGUCGACAUCGCCAUACCCUAGUGUGAAUGAGUGUGUAUGGGUGUUUCCCAGUACUGGGUUGUGGCUGGAAGGGCAUCCACUGUGUAAAACAUAUGCUGGAAUAGUUGGCGGUUCAUUCACCCCUGAUGACUAAAGGGACUAAAGCCUGGUUUAUGCUUCUGCGUCGAGUGAUCGGCGUGACCCACGGCGCAUGCCUUGCGCAUUGUAGUGCAUUUAUACUUCUGCGUGCUGUUCGUGUUGCUCUGCAAUACACUUCCAAAGCACUAGCUGGCAGUGAGGUGUUUAUGUUCCUCUGUGUCGAGUUUCUUCGCUGGUGUUUUGUUUUUUCUGAACGCUACCUUAAUGUAUAAGUAGCUCAAACUCGCUCAAUCGGCGGACGUGUAACAACUUUAAUCAUAAGGUAAACUCAAAACAACAGUCUCCAUCCGGAGCUCCUUCACGGGACUCCACACUUGUAAAUACUCGCUGCAUCAGGCUCGCACAGCUCUUACCCCCACCCACACUUGUCAGCACUACCAAGCCGACAAAUCACAGAGCUUGCACUACGCAUCGUUGCGACGUGUAGUUACAGUUUUUUUGCGCAUCAGCGUCACAGACGGCCACGGCGAGGGGUUUACGUCCAUGCCUAGGCUGCGCCGUAGCAUACGCAUGCGCUUGACGCAGAAGUAUACAUCAGCCUUAAGCCGGAGAAAAAUGAAUGAAUGAAUAAUUAAACUAAAAAGUAAGUUGUGUUACAUUUUUUAAAAAGUAACUCAAAUAUUAUUAGGUAUUUUUUUAAAGUAAUGCGUUUACUCGUUAUUUAUAAAAGUAAUAUUAGUAUGUAACUCACAUUACUUGUAAUGCAUUACCUCCAACAGUGUGUGUGUAACCCAUCGCCUAUUUAGUUGCCUCGUGUCUGACCUGGUUGCCCAUUUAUGGCAUCAUUUCCCAAAGUUGCUCUGUUGCGCAUCAGCAUAAUCGAGUGUGUGUUUAGAGAGCUGAAGUGGCAGUGUGCUGAUUUUAUUGAGACUUUUCCCAAAGUGAAACAUGAGCACCGUUUUGAGUUCCUGCUUCUGUAAGCUACUGCUGUAAUGUUUAAUGGAGACAAAAACAAUUAUGAAUGCAAAAUGCUGAAAAAAAAUCCUCUCGCAUAUACAGUACGGCACGCCUGGUGCAAAACAACCAUCUUGCAAUAAUAUUGAAACCCUUUCAGGGUCGGCAGGACAACAACAACACAAAAAACGAAUUAUAGUAACAGACUUGAAACCGAUUUUUUUCCACAUGUACAGUUAUAUGAUCUAGAAUGUUUUUUUUCUGUUGUAUUGAAUUGAUCAUAGAGUUGUAUAAUAAUACGAGACUUUCAGCCUACUUAUGUGCAGGUGUUGUAUAGUCACUAUUGAGCUCUGUACAGAGAAAUGAUCUUCAACAUGUGUCAUAGUUUUGUUGCUUUUUCCCCCACAGUUUUACUUUAUUUAAUAUGUUUUAUAUGUAGAUUUUUGACACUUUAUAACUUCCAGCAUUAACAUUAAUCUUAGGUUGAUUUCUUAUCCUCGUAAGACUGUACACUACCUGAAAAAAGCCUUAUUGUGAAUCUCAGUUGUAAGAGCAGCAAAUAAUAACUUGACUUUUAGUUGAUCAUUUGGAAAAGUGGCAGAAGGUGGAUUUUUCCCAUGAAUCAUCUGUUGAGCUGCAUCCCAAUCAUCACAAAUACUGUAGAAGACCUACCUGGAGCCAAGAGUCUUAUAGAAAUUAGUCAAGUUUGGUAAAGGAAACAUCAUGGUUUGGGGUUACAUUCAGUAUGGGGCGUGCGAGAGAUCUGCAGAGUGGAUGAUCAACAUCAACAGCCUGAGGUAUCAAGACAUUUGUGCUGCCCAUUACAUUACAAACCACAGGAGAGGCAAAUUCUUCAGCAGGAUAGAACUUCUCAUACUUCAGCCUCCACAUUAAAGCUCCUGAAAGCAGCUUGUGCUCCAGGAUUGGCCAGCCCAGUGACCAGACAUGAACAUUAUUGAACAUGUCUGGGUUAAGAUGGAGGAGGCAUUCAACUAGAAGUCGAGUCAUUAUUUGCUGUUCCUAAAACUUGGAUAGGGACAAGACUUUUGUCAGGUAGUGUAUUCUGCCAUUUUUCGUGGAAAAUAGUAGAACUUAUGCAGCUGACAAAAUAAAAGUCCCCACACAAUAAGCCAUACUGUACGUUACACAUUACGUUACGCUGGAAACGUUCGCAUUUGCAGAUUCCUUUUGUUCUUCAUUGAAAAAUGACAUACAUUGAUUGGCGAGGGGCAAGUAGAUCAUGACCGAGUUUCCUCUUUGGAGGAAUUGUCAUUUUUAAUUCAGCGUGACGAUUAGAUGUGAUCAUAACAUUUCAGAAUUAACGAAUAAGUGUUGCGUAGAGCAGGCGAUUGUAUUUCCCAGAUGCACAGGGUUUGGAUGUACAGAUUCAGCUUGGAAUGAUUAAUCGAGCAUCGAUGUUAACAUUCCCCGCAGAAAACGAAACUAAACACCGUCGAGCUGGAGAUUAACGAAACCAGCAAAAGCAAAUUGAUGCAAAAUAAAGGUUUUUAGUCUUGUUUCUGGUCAAAAUGUCUCAAAAUUCUGGACAAAUACAAAAUAUUGUCUUGAUUUUAGAAAUAAUGAGUCAAAAUCAAGUGAGUUUUCCAUGAAAACAAGCAAAAUAAUCUCGUUUUCGCUUUAAAAUAAGAUUAUUUUGCUGGUUUAAAUGGAAAACUCUUCAUUUUGACUCUAUUUCUGAAAACAAUAUCUUAUAUUCAUCUAUAAAAUUCGUCUUGAUUUAAAAAUUAUGUAGAAGCAUUUUCUAGACAAGUACAAGAUAUUGACUUGCUUUCAGAAAUAAUUAAAUAAGUCAAAAUUAAAUGAUUUUUUUCUUAAAACAAGCAAUUGGCAGAUUAUUGAGCUUGUUUUAAGGAAAAACUCACUUCAUUUUGACUCAUUAUUUCUGAAAACGAAACAAUAUCUUAUAUUCAUCUAUGAAAUGCUUCUUGAUUUAAGAAUGUUGAAGCAUUUUCAAGAACAAAGUACAAAAUAUUGUCUUGUUUUUUAGAAAUAAUGAGUCAAAAUGAAGUGAGAUUUUCCUUAAAACAAGCAAUUGGCAGAUUAUUGAGCUUGUUUUAAGGAAAGUUCACUUCAUUUUGACUCAUUAUUUCUGAAAACGAAACAAUAUCUUACAUUCAUCUAUAAAACGCUUCUUGAUUACGAAUGUUGAAGAAGCAUUUUCAAGUUCAAAAUGCAAAAUGUUGUCUUGUUUUCAGGAAUGAGUCAAAAUGAAGUGAGAUUUUCCUGAAAACAAGCGAAAUAAUCUGCCAAUUGCUUGUUUUAAGAAAAAACUCACUUCAUUUUAACUCGUCAUUCUUGAAAACAAGACAAUAUUUCAUACUCAUCUAGAGAAGGCUUCUUGAUUGAAGUAUUUUUAGCAGUAUUUGUACUGGAAACGAGAGUAAAACUCAUCUUUUUGCUGCGCUGUGACUCCUAGAAGUUUAUUUAUGAAGCCAUUUUAUGCCUUCCUGCUUUAUUAGCUGUAGAACUUCACCCAGAGAAUGCAUGAUGUUUUGUUUUAUGUUGAAAUGUUAUUUGUUUUGUAAUAAGUGAUGAAGAUGAUGGAUUACGACCACUCGUAUGGUACUUUCCUUUCGUACUGAAGGCUACACGUGCAAUGCUGUCUAUGUUGUAUUACUGUAAUGCUGAAAACAAGGGGUCGUGAGUGACUGCACACUUUUAAGGGAAGAUUUCUGUAGUUUGAGACGGAUUUAGCGAGACUGUGAUUUUAAAAGCUCCGAGAGGCGAUGAAUGUUCAACUGUGAUGUUUUCAUUUUGUGACGGUACAUUUCCAGGACUUUUAUUUUGUUUUUAAUGGCUGUAUUGGGAUGGGAAGCAAACUGAAGGCUGAGGAUCUCCAAAAAAAUAAUAAUAAUGCAAUUAACUCUUCAACACAUGUCAUCCUUCCACACACUCUUCCCAUUUAUUCGACAUGGUACUGUACAUUUCUGCGGAAAAAUCCCUUGGGCCACUGUGGUUCAGUCCCACUGGAGCACAUUAAAGCUUACUUGAAAUGA